GUCCACUUAAAAUUAAGUCCCUUUAGGCUUAAUCCAUACAUUUGGCCCAUCAAUCAUACGCUUACUGUGUACUGGAUGUUCAUCGAUACAUUCUGGAGCGCCGGCCAUUUCCCCCAAACCAGUAAAAGAAUUAAUUGAGAAACUGAUGCGCAACAUUCAGGUUUUAAGAGAGGAAGGUGUCCCUCAAUCAAAUAUUGUCAAGUAUCUGGUCAGCCAACCGAUGGCACUAUCAAUGAGCGCUGUUAAACUCAAGGACAUUGUACAAGAGAUUAAGGGUGUGGGUUUUGAUCCUCACAAAUUUGCAUUUCUUACUGCUAUUGGGAUAUUUAAAGGGAUGGCUAAAUCGACCUGGGAAGCGAAAUUGAAUGCUUACAGGAAAUGGGCUUGGUCAGAAGAAGAAAUUUUAUUUGCAUUUAGGAUGUAUCCUACCUGUAUUGCGUAUUCCACGAAGAAGAUAAGCCUCACCAUGGAUUACUUGAUAAAUCAUAUGGAUUAUAGUGCGAAGUUUAUGGCCAGAUACCCAACAUUUUUGGGUUUUAGCUUGGAGAAGAGGAUUAUACCCAGGUGUUCUGUUUACAGGAUUCUAGUCUCUAAGGGUCUAAUUAAGGAUCAAACUCCCAAAUGUUCACUUUUUCGAAUACAUGAGGAUUCUUUCUUGGAGAAGUUUGUGAUCAAGUAUGAGAAAGAAGCUGUUAAAGAUUUAUCGGCGUGUUUUGGAAGACUCACAAAGUGAUGAGUUGACCCUUGCUGCCAAGCAAGUUGUAAAAACCUAGCUAGCUGGCUUGCUGAAGUGUAUGUAGUUGCAUCACGAAAUACGUAUAUACAUCAGACGAUCUCUCCCUUGGUUGGGGAGAAUUGACAAAGAGAGCAUCAGGUCUUUUCAACUUUUGCCAACAGUCAUAGACUGAGAAAAGUAUCAAGAUGCAGGAGAAGGCUUGUUGUUCGAGUAUGUUAUAGAAAAAUGUAUCAAGAAGAAAUUAUUUUUGUAAGUUCUUGUGUUUUUUUAAGAUGGGAAGUUGUUGGCCCAUUUUUACCAGACCCUGAAGAGACGAAAUUUCUUGUAAUGAAGUAUAGAACAAAAUCGUAAUUCAAACGGAAAAUGGAUCAUUUGUCCAAAUAUUUUUA